AGAACUCCUGAUUAUCGCUGUAACUUAUAUUUUUGUUUAGCAACUUGGUUUUUGUAUUUUAUAGUUAUCUACGUUUGCGCCAAAGCAUGUGAUUGUUCUGGUAUUGGUGCUGCUAACCGACAGAUAAUGACACAGACAAAUAUGUCUGUAGACAUGUCUUUCGCAGACUCCAUAGCGAUUCAUGAUGCAUUCAUCCUUCUUUGCAGCUUAUUUGCGCUGUGCUUUAAGUUUGGUUUUGCCUUAGUGGAGGCAGGCAAGACCGAUCCAAAAAACCACGCCAACGUUAUCAUGAAAAAUGUAGCAGAUACAUUUAUCACCUUGGUUGCCUUCUUUACACACGGAUAUGCGUUCGCCUUUGGGGGGGGCAAUUCUUUCAUUGGAUUGCAAUACUUUCUCAUUCUGGACAAGACAAACGUGGUGCACUUCUUCUUCAACUAUGUUCGCUGUGCCGUGGCUACUACUCUGGCACUUGGGGCUGUCAACGAACGGACAGAACCAAUCGGCUACCUCAUAGCUGCAUAUGUUUUCUCAGGACUAAUCUACCCUCUGGCCUGUCAUUGGAUCUGGGACCAGCAAGGCAUCUUCAGUCCAACCUCCACCUCCAGUCCAGCACAGGACCAUGCAGGUAGCGGGGUCAUCUUCCUACUGGGUGGAGCAACUGCAGCAGUUUCACUGUACAUUAUAGGGCCCCGGGACGGUCGCUGGAGCUCCCAUUUCAAACGGAAAGCGCACGUUCAGUCAAUGGUGGUGCUUGGGGGAGGCCUUCAAAUGCUGGGCUUCUUCGGCCUGGCGAUGGGCGCUCACCCCCGUCUGCUGGGCGCUGAGGGGGGCCAGCUGCUGGGGCGGGCCGUCGUCAACCUGCUGCACAGCGCUUCAUCUGGAGGACUUUACGGACUGAUUCUCCAACGCUUCGACAAGAACUACUAUGAUCUGGACAGCAUGUCCUCUGGGGCCAUUGCUGGAAUGGUGGCGGUGGGUGCCGGGUUGGACACGUACACGCCGGGUUUGGCGGUGAUGUGUGGGGUCACAGCUUCUCUCUUCUUUUUUGCCGUGCGCCGCUUAUUAUGUGCCAUAAAGGUGGACGACUCCCUAAACAUAAUCCCAGGAUAUUUGGUUCCAGGAGCCUGGGGUUUGAUCUAUGCCGGUUUUUUCUCUGACGGUGGGCUUAUUGGUGGACAUCCCCAGGUGUUGACCAACAAUUUAAUUGUGAUGCUAGUAUUACUUCUCUGGGCUGUGGUUAUGUACCCUGUCCUCUCAAUGCUCAUGUGUUUCGGACUGCUGCGCGUCCCCCAGUUCGUAGAGAAACAAGGAAUUGACAAGAUCAGACACACAUUAAGACAACCUAACACUGCCACGAUGUCACUGAACUGACCAAUCCAGAGACAAAACCUUUAAUGGAGACAAAUUUAAAAAAUCCUCAAUAAAAAAAUGUUUGCCAGCAAGCUUAUUUGUUUGAAGAGCCCUUAUUUCUUUGCACCAUAUUGAGACACUGAGAUUGAUAAUAUUUACAAAGUCAAACUUUUUAUUGUAUGAAUCACAAAUGUCUGAAUAAAAUAAACACAACACAAAUAUUCCCCAUGUUUCUAAGUGGCAUUUAUUUGUGGGGGACUUAUGAGGUUGUCGUUUGAGAGUACAACGGUCAAAAAUGCAAAUAUUAAAUGCA